CAAUAAUAAUAAUCAAAAUUCAAAACCGCUAAAACCCUGCAACUUUUCCUCUCUGUAGACGGACCUGCUUGCUAUUCCCAAAAAAAAAAAAAAAAAAUGAAAACCCUAGAAGACGAACAAUCAACUAUUACAGAUGAUCGAUCCAAAAUGUCAUUCCCUAAGGAAAUCAUCGAAGAUAUCCUUUCCAGACUCCCCGUGAAAUCCAUCCUCCGAUUCAAAUCUGUUUCUAAACCAUGGCUCUCUCUCAUCUCCGCUCCAUCAUUCCACAACCUCCACUCAGCCGUUGGCUCCCGUACCACCGCCUUAUUCUUCUCCGCUUUCGAUUCAUCCACUGGCACACGAUACUUCUUCUCCGGUGCUAAUGAUGGUGGAUCAGUCGCCAAUCUCAUGAAGCUCGACAACAUUGUCUCCAACUUUGCCCAUAAAUUUGCCGAACAUUUGAACGGUUUGUAAAAAUCAAUGGCUUAUUAGGUGUAGCUUGUUACGAUCGCUGGAUCGUGGACGGAAGAAACAAAAUGGACAUUUGGAUGUUGCAAGAUUAUCAGAAUCAAGUUUGGGUCAGAGAAACCAUUUGGUUAGCUUCGAAGUCUUGGAUCAAUUAUAUGGCAGGUGAACCUUACCCGUUUGAUUCUAUCAAUAUGGACGAGAUUAUCUUUAGCCCAAGGGUGUUGUCUGAUAAUUUGAUCAGUGUUCCCAUCUAUAACAUGAAGAGUAGAUGUUCUAAAUCAAUUGAGCUCCCUCUUGGUCAUCGAUUUCUAUCCCCAAAAUCGGUGAGUGUGGAGGAAAUCAAGUGUUAUGUUGAAAGCCUCAUUCCCUUACAGAACUAGCAUGCAUUCAUUUCUGGAAUUCAGGUUUACAUUUUGUUGCUAUCUUGUUAAUGAACAUGUACUUGUAAAGUUUCUGCGGAUGCUGCUCUUAUGUUAAAUAGUAUUCGGAAUCUUGUAUCCCUAUGCAAAUUUUGCUGUGUGAAAUGCUAACAAUCUGCUUUACAAGAUCAA